AUGAGUUGGCGAUCAGAACGUAUAUGGAUAGAACUUAUAGCGGGGUCUCGAAAAACAAGUAAUUUCUGCUGGGCCCUUAUACUUUUUUUAGGUUCAUUGGGUUUUUUUUUGGUUGGAAUUUCCAGUUAUCUUGGCAAAAAUUUGAUAUCUUUAUUUCCAUCUCAGCAAAUAAUUUUUUUUCCACAAGGGAUCGUGAUGUCUUUCUAUGGGAUCGCCGGUCUAUUUAUUAGUUCUUAUUUGUGGUGCACAAUUUUGUGGAAUGUAGGUAGUGGUUAUGAUCGAUUCGAUAGAAAAGAAGGAAUAGUGUGUAUUUUUCGCUGGGGAUUUCCUGGAAAAAAUCGUCGCAUCUUACUCCGAUUCCUUAUGAAAGAUAUUCAGUCUAUUAGGCUAGAAGUUAAAGAGGGUAUUUACGCUCGGCGUGCCCUUUAUAUGGAAAUCCGAGGCCGGGGGGCCAUUCCUUUGACUCGUACUGAUGAGAAUUUGACUCCGCGAGAAAUUGAGCAAAAAGUAGCCGAAUUGGCCUAUUUUUUGCGUGUACCAAUUGAAGUAUUUUGA